UCUCUUUUUUUUUCCACACAGACCUAGCCACAGUCAGGAAUCAGGGAUGAAAAAUUCCACAGCAAUAACAACAUUCAUCCUAGUGGGACUUACAGAUGACCCAAAUCUACAGAUUCUGCUUUUCAUCUUUUUGUUUCUAACCUACCUGUUGAGUGUUGUUGGGAACCUGACCAUCAUCACUCUCACCUUGGUAGAUUCCCAUCUCAAAACACCCAUGUAUUUUUUCCUCCGGAAUUUCUCCAUCUUGGAAGUGUCCUUCACAACUGUCUGCAUUCCCAGAUUCCUCUACACAAUGGCAUCAGGGGACAAUACUGUUACCUACAAUGCAUGCGCCACUCAAUUAUUUUUUGUUAUUGUGCUGGGUGUGACCGAGUUUUUUCUCCUGACUGCCAUGUCCUAUGACCGCUACGUGGCCAUCUGCAAACCCCUGCAUUACACCACCAUCAUGAGCAGCACAGUCUGCAUCAGGUUCCUUCUUGGCUGCUACGUGAUUGCUCUGAUCAUCGUCCUCCCGCCCUAUGUAAUGGGCUUGGACCUCGAGUUUUGUGACUCGAAUGUCAUCGAUCACUUUGGCUGUGAUGCUGCUCCCAUCCUGAAGAUUACUUGCUCAGACACAGUCCUCAUAGAGCGAUUUGUCUUGGUCCUGGCUGUGCUGACCCUCCUGUUCACCUUGGUGUGUGUAAUUCUGUCCUACACCUACAUCAUCAGGACCAUUCUCAGAUUUCCUUCUGCCCAGCAAAGGAAAAAGGCUUUUUCUACCUGUUCUUCCCAUGUAAUUGUGGUUUCUAUCACUUAUGGAAGCUGUAUAUUCAUCUAUAUUAAACCAUCUGCAAAAGAAGGGGUAGCUAUGAAUAAGGUUGUGUCAGUGCUUACCACCUCGGUGGCACCGGUAAUGAAUCCCUUCAUUUAUACUCUGAGGAACAAGCAAGUGGUACAAGCUUUCAAAGACAUGAUCAAAAGCAUUGCAGCUAUGGCAAAGAACUAAAGGACUACUGAGUUCAGAAUGACACAUUGUAAAUAAAUUCCCUAGCUCUAUUUUAUUUUUCGCUCUUGGUAUGUUAGUCAUGGUUUUAUAUAUCACAACCCCAUUCUGUUACAUUUAGUGCCUACUAUUAGUACAUGUAUUAAUAAUCCUUUUUCGCUCAAUCUAGUCCCAGAAAUACAUGGCCAAAACUUUGCUAUAAAUAUUUAAAACAAUAUACCUAUUACUAGUUAUAGGACCAGGAAAUGUAAGCAGCAUCAACUUACCAUUAUAUUGCUGCUCGGCUAUUCCUC